AUGGCUUCAGACGAGGUAAUUUGGCAAAUUUUGAAUCAGAGCUUCUGCAGUCUGAAACUUAAAACCGAUAAGGGACAGAACUUCUGUCGAUCCCCUUACAGUGUAUCAGGUCUCUGCAACCGUACUAGCUGUCCUCUUGCGAACUCGAGAUAUGCCACGAUUCGAGAAGAGAAGGGCGUCAUCUACUUGUUCCAAAAGACACCAGAGAGAGCUCACUUGCCCUCUAAGCUAUGGGAGAAGCGCAAGCUCAGCAAGAACUAUGCGCAGGCGCUGCAACAGAUUGACGAGCUUCUGCUUUACUGGCCCCAGUACUUGAUCCACAAGUGCAAGCAACGCCUUACCCGUCUGACCCAGGUCCAAACUCGCAUGCGCCGUAUUGCCGCCGAGGAGGAACGCUUGGGCGAAAAGCUUGUGCCCAAGAUGGCGCCUAAGAUCAGGCACCGUGAGCAAGCUCGUGAGCGCAAGGCCGAGGCAGCUGCCAAGCUGGAGCGAACCAUCGAGCGCGAGCUUGUCGAGCGUCUCCGACAGGGUGCCUACGGCGAUCAACCCCUCAACGUCAGCGAGGCUAUCUGGAAGAAGGUCCUGAACGGCAUGGAGCGCGAAGGCAAGGGUCAGCGUGACGUGGACAUGGACAAGGGUCUUGACGAGAACAACGAGGAAGUCGACUGGAGCGAGGAAGAGGAAGACAACAUCGAGAACCAGAUUGAGUACGUCUCCGACAUUGGCGAGAGCGACGAGGAGCUUGGCGAACUCGAGGAAUGGCUCGACAGCGACGACGAUGAGAAUGACGACGAAGAUGACAGCGAAGAGUCUGAGACCGAGAAGGCCACCAACAAGCGAAAGCGUGGACGGGUUACCAAGAUGAAGAACAAGAAGCCCAGACAGGCGGACAAGGAGAAGCUGACGCUCACCAACGAUCUCACGUGGUAA